AUGGAGGAAAAGAAGGAGGAGAGCAAAGGGAGCAAAAAUAGUGAGAAAAAGUACCAGAAAGAAAAUAAAGAAUCGUUUAAAGGAGGUAAGAACGCAGAGAAUAGAUACGCGAGGACAGUAGAACUGUCAGAAACAAGAAGCAGAGCAGGGAGCCAAGGGUCGAUUGCAGACAACAUAAAGAAAAGGAGAAGAGAGCAGGAGAGUGAAGAAAUAAAAAAGGCCGAGAAAGAAAUUACAGACAAGUUUGAUAAGGAAAGAAGAUUAAGUAGAUCACCACCAAACAAAGUAAAAAAAGAGGAAGAGGAAAAGGAAGGCAUGGAGACAGGAGAAAUGCUGAAGGAAAUACUGACCAAACUGGAGGAUCAAGAAAAAGAAAGAAAGAAAGAUAAGGAGGAACUGAUGAAAGAGAUACAAGAUCUGAGAGAAGAAUACAGAAAAAGCGAAGCGAUAUGGGAGAAGCUGAAAACCGGUAUAGAAAAAAGAACGGCCACGAAAAGAAAUGGAAUAAAAGCGAAGAAAAACUGGAAGAUGGAAGAAGAUUUCAAAGAGAACAAGAAAGAAAGGAGACUGGAAGAAAAUGAGAAAAUGAGAAGACUGUACGAAGGAGAAGAGGAGGAAAAAGGAGAAGAACGGAAGGAAAGAAGAAGCGGAUAA